AUGGCUCCCAAGAAGAAGGUCCCAGACGCACAGGUGAUUGACGACAAGCAGCAGGCCCUUGAGAACAUCAAGCGGCAAUGUCAGGCCGUAGAGCAGUUGCUUCUUUUGGCGAGUGAAGAAAUUCGGUGCAUUCGUCACGAGAAAAGUGUACUGGAGAAGCGAAUUGCAGAGAUGGUCCAACAGCAGGAGGCGGCUGAGAACACUACCAGUGAGCAAGUCCGCGCAAUGCAGCGUUCAACUUCAACGCUUAGCUAUCAGCUCAGUCAGCGCAUAAAAAGCCUCGAGCAAUCUGUGGCCACAGCAGAGAACGAGAACGCGUCGAUGCGCAACGAGCUUGAGACGAUACGAACUAAAAAGACAAAAGAAUUGGAGCGGUUGAACGGCGAGGCGGCGGCGUUGAAGAAGGAGCUUGAAGAAAAGGCCCUGAAUAGCGCUGUGCUUCUGAGAGAGGUGCUCCUAACAAAGUAA